AUGAUGCCUGGGCCCGGAAGAUACGAGCGGGUCAACGGCCAUGAUGAUGACGAAUUCCAAUCCUCGUACGAACCCAAACCUGUGCAUCCGGUCCCCAACUCUCCGCCGCCAUCAUUCCAUUCACGAGCCUCCUCUCCGACUCGACGAGCCCGUGUCGACCCGGACCUGGAAGAUGCGUUUGACGACGAGGAUGCAAGUGACGAUGAUGCCGACGAUAGACAACGGCUUGUGAGGCAAAGCACUACGCCUUCCACUACGCAUUUGCCAACCGUCGACCAUGAGUCAUCACCUCACCAGUCGCCCCCAGCGUCGCUGAAUUCGUCUUCAGGAUCACGACCGCGAGUCGUCGGAGGCGGUGUAGGCACUGACGGUGUCUUCGCAAACUUGUCGGCGCGGCCGGAGAGAUCCGACUCGGAGAAGGAAGAACAGCCUCCGUCAUAUGAACAGGCCGCUGCCGACGCUGCGCCGCCAUACUGGGAAACCACUAUCCUGGCGCCCGGCCUCGGAGGUCUUGAUGAAGUAUAUGUUGACGGAAUGCCAGUUGGCUCAAUAUUUUCCUUUAUAUGGAACGGCAUGAUAUCGACCUCUUUCCAGCUUGUUGGGUUCUUGCUCACCUAUCUACUCCACUCGACACACGCGGCCAAGAAUGGAUCGCGUGCCGGUCUCGGUAUUACAUUGAUACAAUACGGCUUCUACAUGAAGGACUCUGGAAGCGGCGACGCCCCCGUCAUGAGUGGCCCUGACGGAUACGCCGCUCCGCCUGAUCCAAACUCGCACGACUUUAACGCAGGCGACGUCACAGAUGGCGGCGCGGCGACGAUUACUGGCAGCGAGUGGAUGGGAUAUGUACUGAUGGUAGUCGGAUGGUUCAUUCUCAUCAAGAGUAUUGCAGAAUUCUUGAAAGCUCGACGACAUGAGCAACUCGUGCUGCAGAGCCCCGACAGAGGACUGGCCAUACCUAUUGUUGUCGAGGGAGAGAGCCCUGAACGAGUGGUUUAG